GAGGAGUUUGCGCCGACUGGCCUGGAAGCGAUGACUACGACGGAUCCGUUCUUGAUGGAUCUGAAUGCGCAGAAUCUGCGACCGAGGGACUAUGCCUUGAAGCUGGUGGAGGACCAAAGCUGGCGGAGAAUCACGGGGUGGAUCGAACGACUUGAGUGCACACUCAACGCACAGCAGAUUCGCGCUGUGGCUCCCAUUGUUUGCACGAUUGAUGAAAUGUGGGAGAAGCGCGCCGAAGCGAGCACCUGCUUCGCCAAUGGCCAGCCCAGUGAGCGGUGCAACUGUCUAUGGCUUGGCGCGGGGGGCUCGGGCAAAACGUGGGCAUACACCAAAGUCUUGCGACCUUUGUUCCAGCGCUUCUUUGGCUUUGGUCGCUACACUGCCGGGGCACCGACCCAUGCGGCCGCACGGUUGUUGGGAGCAGAAGCCAGAACUCUGCACAAACUGGCGAACAUUUCCCCCAACUCCGCACUACACCGCGGCGCCAUCCGAGGGCAGCGGAACAAAAAUGAUGCCUUGGAGCAACAGAUCCUGGCGUCGUUGGCCUGCAUCGUCGAUGAGCUGUCGAUGAGCGCAGCGGAUGUGUAUCAUGCUCUUGGCCUGCGCUUCUCGGUGAAGCGCUGUGAGGACUGGGCGCAGGACCUGAGCCGCUAUCUGCAGGAGUGGUUCGGCAAGAUGCCAAUAGGGCUACAAUUGUGCGACUUCCUACAGUUACGCCCUGCCGCCCAAGCGAGCCAGCACAACGCAGCCGAGCUGGGGCGGCUCUUGUUCAAGAACUCCAUGGGCAUUGUGGUGCACUUCACUGGAACUGGGCGUUUCUCUUCUUGCGCUUCUGGCCAAGCUUUGGUGGCCAUUUUGCAGCACAUGCGGCAAGGCACCGCCAUGACGGACGCACUCUGGGCGCAACUCCAGAGUCGUGUCUACGAGGUCCAGCAACUGCAAGACCUCCAGACCGCGCCUUCGCGCCGGGCGUUCUUGCGGGCCUACUGGGGUGCACUUGCUUGGGAGCAGGUUGCUCGGUUGCAACAGUUGCGAGCAGUGCUUGAGGCGGAAGAUGCUGGAGAACGGCUGUACUUCGUGCAAGCCAUCGACAAGCCCACCGGCGACGCCACACUGUCUUCCGCCCAGGUCAGCGCAGCUCUGCAGUGUUUGAACAUGACCAAGACUGGCUAUUUGAUUGGCAUGUGUCCGUUGUUUCUUGGGGUGGACGUGCGCAUUUCGUGCAUCUUGCCGGAGCCCUUGCUGACGCGUGAGCUCCCGUGCAUAGUGCGACGCAUAGAACUACAUCCCAAAGAACCUCCAACGCCACCUGGAGCAGCUUGCGUGGUCCUGCAGUACCCGCCGCUUGGAGUCUUGGUGGAGGUCGCAGACAGUGAUUAUGGUCAGUUUCAGGUCCCUGGCGACGACGUACCCAAGGGUCAUUUCUACGUGAGGCCUGUGUUCAAUAAGCAAUCGGCCUGGGUCUUUGAGGUACCCUUGGCCCCACAGCGAGUGCUGACUCAUUUUGGGCUGCAAGGCAUCACUGCCAGAUCUGGCCUGCUCGCUUUUCUGAAUCAACCUCCCUGGAUGAAGGAUGGAGAUUACGGUUUGGCCCUCUAUGUCAUGUUGUCACGAGCAACGAAGUUGAGCGAUUUAUGGCUCAUUGGAGUGCCUGAGCGCCCAUAUUUCGAAGGCUUCUUGCAUGAGCACAACAAGACUUUGGUGGAUCGUAUGAGCCUCUUUGAACGUCUGUCUGUGCAGAGUGAGCAAGCUGCGGAAAAGUACAUCCAGAAGCUGCUUUGGAGGGGAAAUGCUUACGUGAACCGCACGCUUGGUGUUUCUGGAACAGGACAAGCCAAGAGGCGGAGGCUGACAGGCAAGACUGCUGUGGCCUGA